AUACUUCUGCAGAGUUAUUGUCAGUCCCUUGAACGGUCCCUGGCAGAUUUGCGUCAGCAGUUUCGUGACCAGACUGCUGAAUUCAACGCUGUCAAGAUAGAAUUGGCCCGACUCAAGUACUAUAGAGAUGAGAAUCAGCACCUAGCCCACCACCUUCAGAAACAACAGACUGAUGUUGAAGAGGUCACUAAGAGUCUGAGAGAUCACCUUACAGUUGCAUUGGAGGAUGGGAAACAAGCUAACGAAGAGUUGGAAAAGUUGAAAGAAGAAAUAAGAGCCGAAAGGGCAUCUGUACAGGCUGCGAGGGUAAUUGAGAAACAAAAGAGGGAAGUCGGAAUCAACAGGCAAGUGGACAUGUUUAAUCAGUCCCAGGAAGCAGUGAACCAAAGAGUUGAUUCUCUCAUCACAACUAUGGGACAGCAUUCUAAAGUUGAAGUAGUGAUUGAUGGUGUAAAACAUGAGAUGAACUCUAAGGAUGGCAUAUCAAACAAAGCAGUUCAGCUGAGAAAGGCUCUUGAUGAAACCAGAAGUCAACUUGAAAAAAUCCACAGAAAUACGCUGGAAAUGUAUAAGCAGGAAGUUGAAGAUCUCAAGGCUGAGUUUACUAGAGCAGACUUCUUAGCCAAGACGAGAACUCAGGAGGCAGAGUCAUUAAAAACACAAAUGUCUGAUCUUCAGAAAAGAUAUCAAGAUGGCAUUAAGGCUCAAGAUGAUUACAUAUCACAGCUUCAUGUAAAGUUUAAUGAAAUUCAACAGUAUGCUGUUUCAACUGAGGAGAAAUAUUUCUUCUCUCUUGUCGUUGGUGUUAAACUCAACAUGGCUGUGUGUGGCUAUAGAGUGGGCCACAUUAAUCACCUGAAACCCCAGCAACUUUUUGAACGAGUGAGAAAUCACGGCAUCUCUAUAGAACACUGGCCCAGUUGGUUAUCACGUGAACUGUCAACUGCAUCAGCUUCACCCGAUCAUGAGGAGGACGGCUGACUCUGUGUCUUGUUAUUUUGUAACUGUUGUGUUGAUCAUACCAAAGCCCCACUGUUGUUUGUCAUCUUUCUGGUCUGUACUUUGUUAAUUUUUAUUCCAAAAGGUUUCAUUUUUGUCUUUUUGUGUGCAUCCUCGUCCUCUCUUUUUCAUUGUUGUUUUUACAAUUGGUAUCUUCAACAGAUUCAUAGGAAAAUUAUAAAUUCUAGACAUGCAGUUCAUGGAAUUGCUAAGCAAGUAGAUGACCUAAUUAAAACAAUGUGAAAAGAUAAUACCCACCUUGGAUAUUUUGCGUUUCACAAAAUUCUGCUUUUGACAUUUAAGACCACGAAUUAUUUAACAACAAUAUCAAUCCAUGGCCUUGGGUGAAAUACCUUUCCAGUUAUUUAUGAAAAUAAAACAGAAAUAAAUGGGGAUUUUAGUACCAUUUUUAUCCAAAUAUUUAGUACAUUUGUGACUGAGGCCUUGGAGAAAAUCUUGACAAUUUCCCACAGCGACUAUCAAAUAAGAUGCACAAACUUAAGUCUAUAAAAAAUGUAUAUUUGUAAAUAUUUUUUCAAUCUUGUACAAAUUAUUAUUAGGCACAUGACUGGUUCAAAGGAAAACAGUACAUUUUGUUUCCUCGAGACCUUCAAUGUUCCCCAAGGCGAAGCCGAGGGGAACACUGAGGGGCAAGGGGAAACAAAACUUACUGUUUUCCUUUGAACCAGUCAUGCAGUGUUUUGUUAUACUUCCUAACUCAAAAAGAAAACAAACUGCGAAAAAAUUACAAGCCUGAGGCUGACUGGCACACAAAUUUGCUGUGGUGUCAAGGUGUACGACCUGAUCACGUGCAAGUCGAAAGUUCAUCAAGUUAUUGUUUUCCUAGAGAGUUGGUGAGUUUUGUUCGCCCUAGGGAAAACGUAUUUGAGUUGGGAAGUUUAAACAGUUUGAUUUAUUUCUA